UCUGGCUUACUAGUCUUACCACGUAGUUGGAUAGUCAGUCCUCACUACGGGGGAACGGUGCGGAUGGGAUUCGUGCCCCGAUCCUGCCUUAUGAAGACCGGCACCGUUGUCCACCACCGGGGCGCCCUUAAACUUAGAAUCUUGUACUGUUUAUGAAAAAGAAAACAUUUGAUUUGUUGUUCGUUUUCUGUUUGUUUUCGACGGAAAUGCAAUGGAUAUCUGUUUUUGAUUGUUUUAUGUUUUCCUUAUCUUAAUUUAUAGUUUUAUAAUUGGAAUGAGAUACAAAUCCUGUUUUUUUAUUUUUAGUAAGAGUUUUUUUUCUUCACAUCUUUAUAUUUCGGGGUUUUUAUCUUUGGAAACUUUCCUCUCUCGAAAGUGUCUAUGUUUGUUUUCUCUUUUGUCUUGACACAUUUUUGUUUGUUUUUCUAUAGAUUUGUAUUAUAAUUACAUGUUUUCUAUUUAUGGAAUAGAAAGCUUCUGUUUUGUUGAUCAUUUUCCGUUUGUUAUUUGUAGUUAUGUAGUUAAUAUACGUCUUUUUUCAUUAUGUGUUUUGACAUCUUUAUUUUACUAAAAUUUAUAUUUGUUUUUAACUAUACAUUUAUUUUAUGCUUACGAUUCCUACAUUGUGUUUUGUUCCUAUUUUGAGGGAAUGGAUAUAUAAUGGAAAUGUAUUUCCAUUCGGUUACUCUUGUGAGAUAGCAUCACUUAACACUUGUUUCUUUAGAAGCUUAAGGACAAAAUAGAAACUGUUUGAUCAGCUAGCAUUCGUCUCCUAGCUCGAAAUAGCUAUGUGACAGCUUCUCAAUCACCAUCCUAAUGCCGGCUUUGUUUGUUUGUUCUAAAGCGUUACGCUGCUGGUAGGAAGCGUUACACCGCACACAGUAACGCUUGUGCGCCACUUAGCGAACGAGCGGGCAAAGGAAAACAUCACAAAAGUGGCGUCAUUUCUUCUUCUUCGACCGCCCGGCAUCAGAGCCGGUAAAGAGCCCAAACACUUGCCCGAACCACCUGCAGAGAGCCGCCGUGGUGCUUUUAUGUACAUUGCCCAUCCACCGUGAGUUCCUGAGCAGGUGUUCCUCACACACAACCCGCCACUGGGAGAGCGCGCGUUAGUACACCGGUUCGGAUGCCUUCUAAGGCGCUCGGAUCCUUUGAGUGGUUUCAGUUUUCGAGUCGGUUCCGUGCGGGCAACUGCUUGCGAGCGAUUGCUCCGGUGUUUGGAACUGCUGGACCACACAAUUGCUGCGAGGGGAGGGAAGGUCCAGAUGUUCGUUUGGAGGUGUUGGAGUGUUAGUAGACUUAGAGCGAAUAGUGUUAAUGUUUAUUAAGUACAUGACGUGGAAAGUGCAGUAGUCAAAUCUUCCUUAGGGUGGAGUGUGUAUCUAGUUCAACAAGAAGUCAUUAGAAAACUGCCCUCGUUGGUAAGCGUGAAAGCAAGGGUGAAAUUAUACCGCGCUGUUUAACGUUCCACAUAAGCACCACCAAAACAUAAAAGUGUCACUUCCUUUCGCCAAAAAAAAAGCGAGUCCCGAAGGUUUCAAAUGCUUACAUAAUUUCUUUCCACGUGCGUGCAAUCGAACAAGUGCCGUGCAAGGGUAAUAGAAUACAUUACCACCAGGCACCGCACGGUGGUGAAACCCCGGAGUGGCAAUAUCGUGUGACGUCUUUCCCGAAAUGCAAAGAAAGAAAUGAAUUCACAAAGUGCAAUGAAAAUCAUUAAAUUACAGCAGCUUUGCUUAAAGAAGUGAUAACCAUUCUGUGUGUGGAAGGUUUGCUGAUUGAUUGCUUAAAAGUGGCCCGCGAUAGUGUUCCGUUGAUUGUAGAAUUUAAUUAUCCCUAAUGGAAGGUGGGGCCGCGUACCGAGAUCAAUCACCAUGAUGAUCGAAUGAAAAUUGGCGCACGAUUUAUGGCCCUUCGAUACCUAAUCGGGCUGAUGGCAAGAAGGGCUUGGUGCAACCGACGAGCGUGACCACAAAAAAAGUUGUAAAAUAUGUGUGUGGUUUGUUUGAGUGAAAAAUGAUGUGUUCAUUUCCGGUGCGGGUUUAGUACGGGUGGUGGUUCGUUAACGUGCACCACUGUGCCUUUGCAGCUUACCGUGUGGCGUGGGAAGGAAGACAAAGAAAAUGCAGCAAAGCUUCGCCCAAACUAAUGAGUGCAGCGGAAGUAAUCGAUCAUUAAGUGGAACUGUGCAAUAGUCAGCAGGUCAGAAAAUUAGUUCAAUCCAUCAAUCUAACCGUCGGUAGCAGGUGACGUGCAGUUAAAUUCAUCAAAGGGAAGGAAAGCAAAAAUUGAUGGAGAAAAAGGAAAGCUUAAAACGAAGCUAAUUGCAAUAAGGAUACGGAAUUACGGGAAAAUGCAAAGUGAGUGUGACUAGUGGAUUGCAGAUAGCGCAGAUGCACGUUCCCGGCUCAUAAUGGUGACAGUGAUUAUAGUGCGGAUCCUGGUCACGGCACCAAUAGCGGACAUGAUGCCGGCGCGGUAUACAACCACCCAGAGGUGCUGAUGACUAAAGUGUUCCAGUUCCAGCCCGGACCGGACACUAGCGCGACCGACCCGGUUCGACUCCACCGAAGCAACGACAAGCCGACGCUGGCCGACCGGGACGACCGGCCAGAAUGUACAGCCAGAAUGACGGGCGCAACAGCAGCAGCAGCACAGCCAGAGCGUCCGCCGCUUCCACCGUGCCGCACCGCUAUCCGCCGACCCAGCACGCGUACGGCGCGGGGGCACGCGGAUUCCUCGGUAGUUACGGUUCGUCCUCCACACCAUCGUCAUCGUUGGAAAAUCAAAGAUCGGCGGAGGGUGGACACAGUGCCAGCACGACCACGGGCACAGCGACGACCAGCCUGUUUGGCGAUCCGGUACUACCGUCCACCAGGCACGCCGAUCUGCUCGGCGGGGAGGAUCUGUAUCAGAACCUGAAGAACAACAUCGAGCUGUACCAUGCGAAGCUGUACAGCGAGCAGGAAAGGCAGCGGCAGGCCGAACGGGACGCACUGUUUGAGCAGUACGCGAAUGGGGUGGGUGGUGUUGGUGGUGUGCCAGUGAAUGGUGGUGGAGGGGUGAAAACGAUCGUGGGAAACAAUGUGACGAAUUACAGUGAAAUGCCGGCUAGAAGUAAAAAUUUCGGAAGGACUCAGUCGGCGGGCCUUGGCGUGGAUCACAGCAAUAGCCGAUCAAACAUAUUCGAUAUGGACCUGCUGAAACAGAACGAUUGGAUCGACUUCUCCGAGCACGAGUACCAGCACAGCCUCAUACCCACCAACAGCCGCACCGUGGCCGAUGUGCAACAGUUCACCGGUGGCAACAUAACGCGCCGGAUCGAAAAUGGCGUCUUCCAGAACCCGCGGGCGGCUGCAGCGGCCCGCGCCUCCCGGCGCAAUUCCAUCACCGACUCGAGUGCGUACGGCAUGCGUGGACCGAUGGUCGAGAUGGUGGGUGAUCACGCAAACGGAACGGCCACAUUUACCGUGCUGGGCCAUGGGCCGGUCGGUUAUGAGGAGGGAGCAUCGGCACUGCCCGUUGGAGGUAUUCACGAUCCUUCCACGUCGAGUGAUGCGAACAGUGAGUUCGAGCGUAUGAUGCGAUACGGACGGACGGAUCCAUCGACUGCCAUUAUCAGGGAUAAGAUCAACACGGGAUCUAACUUUAGAGUAUCGGAUGCACGACAACACAAAAACACCGCCUUCACCAUCAUUAACGAAGUCCAGCCCAAGUCCAGCUCGUUCGAUUUGGCCGGUGGUAACAGAUACUCCCCGUACCGUGACAAGCACCGGCUAGCAUCCUCCCGCAUCCUCUCCGCUAGUUCCGCCACCCACGGUACCUCGAACGUCGGUUUCUACGGCUACGGUUACGGUGCUGACUUUACUGAAGACGGUUCCGUGAGUGCCCCGCACGGCCAACGACGGCGUUUCAGCAGCUCCGAACUAUCGCUCAGUACGAUCGGAGGAGGACGUACCAAAGACGGCCACCCGGCCGAGGGAUCCGCUCGAACGAAACGUCCAACAAAGUCGAAAACCUCGCUCUCACUAGCAUCGAAUCCGGGCCGACGGCAGCGAGGAGUUCUCGAGGUGAUCAGCAAAAAAUCGACCGUGCCAAGUGCCAAAGUGACAAUCAUGCAGCCGUCAGAGGAUGGACGAUCGAUAACACCCACGCCGAGUGAAUCGGGCCUCUCUGGGACGGGGACGGAUGGGGAUCGAAUAUCCAUCCCGGAGCAUCAGCUAAAGAACAUGAAGCUGUUUGGCUAUAAACCAUUCUCCGGGCGGCCUACCCUCUCUCCCGUGCCGGAUAAAGGCUCGAUGGAAAGCUCUCAGGCUGAUCUAAAGGACGGGGCGAGUGGUGGUAAGGAAAGUGGAAAGAAGGGAAGACCUGUUUUUAACAUCCGAGGACUUCUAAUGUCACCUCGAUCGAGAGACAAAAGUAAGGAAACGUCACCGGCCGGUGCAGAAGAUAGCAAAGAACCUUCCGUCGAACCACCGCCGAAACCAUCGGACAGCAAAGAACCCGAAUCGCAAGCAUCACCACCGAAAAAACGACGCUUUAAUCUCGCCCGUGCUAUCAUUGAAAGUGCACGCAAAGGCGGAAGCGCUGAGCCGGAGCCGGAAAAAGUAGUCAAGCAGCAAAGUGUAAAGGAAGAAGAUAGUGGCGAGAAACGGAAAAUGGCACUGAAGAUGAAGUUUGGGAUUGUGCGGUCGGGCGUACGAAAGGAUUCGGAAGGGAACGGUGUGAAGGAGAAGCGUGCGGAUGGGAAGAAGGGAAAGGGCGUGAAGACGGCAACAAAAUCGGGAGCAGCAACAGCAACCAGUGCAAAGGGCAAAAAGAAAGCUGUCUCAAACAAGAAGGGAUCAAGAUACGAAGAAGAGGACGAUGAUUAUUUUGAUCCUUACAGGCAGCGAGAACGAGAGGAGGAAGCGAGAAAGGGGAAGAAGUCCACCGGAGGUGGUGGAAUGUUUAAGAGUGCUCUCAGCUACGCAGCCAGCUUCCGGACGCGUAGUGAUCGUGCUGGAACGGCAGGUCCUGGAGGACGACGGAAGCCAGCCGAUGCAGAUCUUCCCAAAGGCGCUGUGAAGGGAGCUGCGAAAGGCGGUGUACAGAAAGGAGCUGCAAUGGAAAAACUGACCCCAAACGCCCGUCGAAGAGAUAAGAGUGCGAAGGCAGGAGAAAAAGACACGCGAGGAAAAGCUGGAGGAACAGGGAUGAGUGGCACGGGGCGCGUGAAGAGUGGGAAAGCACAACCAAGUGGCGCUGCGGGGAAUCGAGCGAAAUCGGCUGCCGGUGCACGCGGGAAGCAACUCCGACGAAGUAGUUCAGCCGUUGGACUCGAUCCCGGACAACUUCGGCGAGCGAAUAAGCUUUACGAGAAGAAUCAGAAAGCUUCCACGGGGGCCGGAGGUUCAAUGGGGGCUGGGAAGAGUGGACGAGGGGGGAAAAGCAGUAGCUCCCUUAUCCAAUCGAAAGCGAACCGUCACUCGGACAACGAUAUGGCUGGGUCGGGCGGAGGACUAGCGAAAAGCGAUAGCCGAGGGGAGAUGCGUGGAAAGACGGCCUCCAAAGCGAUGGAUGGUGCGGGAUCGGACGCCAAGGAUCGGAUCGAGAAGCGUGACUCGGAGAAGUCACUGAAGAAGAGUGAUAGCAACAAAUCUCUCGCGACAAUGGGUGGAAAACCGAAGAAAAGUGACUCGAAAAGUUCGCUUAUUAACAAGCGUUCAGAUUCUCGUUCGAGUCUUCAUCAAACUGCUGCUGGUGGUGGAGCUUCAGGUGGGGAGGCUUCUACAGGUGGUGGAGAUAUGUCCGGGACAGAGCUUGGAGGUAAAAGUCCUCUGAACUCGCUCACCGAGGGAGCUCCAGAGGUGGGAGUUAAAUCAGCUCGACCCACACCGAAACUCCAGAGCAAAGGAUCGCUCCUUAGCUUGAUCAGUUUGAAGGGCAGCAAGCGCAACUUGGAUCGUGGCGCUGGAGAUGCUGGACAACGUCCCGACACUGCCACAACUGCAGCUACCGCAGUUGACGGUGCGAUGGCUUCCUCAACGCGGCUGCAGUCCGCCUCAGUGCGAAACGCACCAGGGACGGCCACCUCGGGUGGUGAGGGAGCGGCAGAAGAUACGGUCGGAUCUCGGGCGGCCGGUAUGAACGAAAAGCCCACCAGCACGAAACCACUCCGUAGGAUGAUGAGCCGUGGAUCGUUACUCUCGAUCAAAAGUAUAGCUCACGCACGAUCCUUCACGAACAUUCGGCCACCGACGGCAGCAGGUGCUGCAGGGGCGGUAGGAGAAGGGGAGGCCGGGAGCGGUGGUACGAUGGCACCGCAAACCAUGCAGAAGGUGCAGGAAGGUUCCCAGGAGCACGAUGAUACGACCGACACGGAAACGAGCCACGGUGGUGGUGGUGGUGCCGGUGGUGAUGGACAAGGAUCGAUGGGAGUGGCCACACACGAGCUGACGGUGGCGGGGGACGGUGAAGGUGAGAAGGUUUCGAACGAGUACAACGGAGAGCACCGGAUGAAGUCACCGAUGGCGGAGCACAAGCAGCAGCAGCAGGGUAGCCGCAGUCCGGGAAUGGAUAACGUUUCAAGUGCCAACACGGAGUCGAUGCGUGAUCGGACGAUGGGUCAGGAGGGAGCGGGUGGCACCAACAACAGCGACGAGUUUGACGAGGACGAACAGCUCAAGUGUUCGAAAUGUUGCUGUGCCGGCUGUGCACCCUGCUGGACACGGACCUGCCUACCGUUUAGGCGAUGCUUCCGGAGCUGCAGCUCGUCGUGCUGCGGAGGUGGUCGGAGUCGCCUCGGCAAGCGUAAAGCGGACGGUCAGCUGGCAAACGAGAAGGGCCCGACGAAGGCGACGUCGGACAAGGAACCGGGCAAGAGUUGCUGGGACCGAUUGUUUGGCUGCUGCCGACGGUGCCGUAACUCGAAGACGGCACCGGAAUCUACCGCGAUCGUACAGCGUGCACCGGCUGCAGCGGAAUCGAAACCAAAGUCAUCCUGCUGGCAGUCACUCAACUGUUGCGCCAGCUGUCGUCGGAAUAAGUCCCGUGAGCUGGUGCCCCGUUCCUCGAUCGAUAGCGAUCCACCGGCGGAAGAUCAAUCUAGAUGUCGCACGUGCUGGAGUAAGCUGCUGUGUUGCUGCCGACCGAAACCGGCUGACGACGGCAAGGGUACGCAGCUCAAGCGCCACAAGAUGGAGGAACCGGUCGAGAUGGAGACGGUGAAGUGUUGCUUCUGCUUCAAGCGCCAGCGGCCGAAGGUGAAGGCGAAACCGAAGAAGAAGGUUCCGGUAAAGUCAACCUUCAACUGUCUGAGCUGCUGUAUGAUGUGCUGCAAGAAGAAGGGUGACAACCAGAGCCGGCGGACGAGCAAUCUGAGCAAGAAGCAGAGCAUUGCGCCAACGAUUCCACCGGAGGACUUGCGGCCAAAAAUUGAUAUGUCACUGGUCGAGCACUCCUCUUUGAUGCGUGGUGCUAUACCGGUGCUUCCGAUCUGUUUGGCCUACUUCUGUUUGUUCCUAAACGUAGUCGUGCCCGGUUCCGGGACGGUGCUUUCCGGCGGGCUGUGCCUGUGCAUCGGUAAGCCACGCUUUUCCCAGCACGACUCGAUAAAGGGCCGCAUCGGUUCGUUCAUCAUCAACUGCAUCGUUGGCGUGUCGCAGUGCUUCACCAUCAUCUUCUGCGUCGUCGGAUGGGGAUGGGCCAUCUGGUGGGGCACGAUCAUGAUACGGUUGGCAAGACAACAUCGAAAGAUUCUUGAGAUGGAAGCGGCCCAGGAGGAGGGUGAGGAGCAGACGACACUCUCCAACCGGACCGGUGCAUCCAAUCCACCGGUGGCGCUAGUGUCCAAAACGCACCGGGACGUCGAAACGGGUCGGUAGGUGUAGGUUCCCAGAUGGAUCGCGUCAGUGAUUUAGUAAGCAUGAGGAAAGCGGUUGUACUGCCGUUCAUUUGUACAUUUGAGAGUAACUCCGAAAGAUGACUGCGACGAAAGGAACAAGUUUGUUAAGGUGAUGUAAAGAAAAACACGGAAAGGAAAAACUAAAAACACACCCACACACCUCUCUCCAUUCCCUUUCCUAUCCUCUGUGUUUAAAUGCGUUACUUGGGAAGAAUAAAGUAAAGUCUUUUAACUUUUACACAAAACCAUGCACCUCGGUGUUGUUCGUUUUCUUUCCUUCGGUACACCAGCUUUCGACCAGUCUUCCUGUUUUUCUUCUGCAUCCGAUUUAUUACAACCCCGCAAGCAAUUUUUCUCCCGUCCGCUGUCACGCAAACACUUGUGUGGUUGGCGCUGGGUGCGUUCGAUCAGGGGAAACCUACAAUUUACAUAUAGCGUCUCUUCUCAUAGCGAAAUGAGUGUAUGAAUAUAGUAUGAGAAAAAAUAUAUUUAUAUGUAUAUAUGUAUAUGGUUUCUUGUUUCCUUUCUUUAUGUAUAAGUAUAUAUAUACUCAUUCUAGAAGUACGCAAAUGGUUGUGUGUGUGUUGGUGUAUAUAUAUACGAUACAUACAUAUAUAAAUACAGCUCUGUGAUGGUAAUCUUCCCUCCUUUCUUCCAGGGUUUCCUCUACUAUCUUAAUCACCUUUGCAGUUGCCUUGCUCUCCUAUCGGUUUAAGCUUUGUUUUUUUUUUCCACUGUUGUUAGUUUUUUAGUUCCAAAAAAAUAUCGCCAUCGUACUAUUCCGCCGAUUAGUUUACACAUCUUUUCGGGGUUUCUCUUUUUCCUUCUAGACGUUUUUUCUAGCUCAUGUGCUCCGCAGUGAUGUGUAGCGUUAUUAGGUUUAUGCGAUCGAAAUGUGGCGUUACGGCGUGCCGUUUUCUGCAUCAUUUUUGCUAAUGUCUAAAAAUAUGUUUUCAUCAUUCCGUUUCUUGCUUCCGCUUCCUGGGCGCCAAUAUGAGAGACAAUGUGCUUCUAUUCGAUUUUUAGCUCCAUCCUCUUACUCUAUGCAUAUAUUGUUCCGUUACUGCUAGUGCGCAGCCUACCAAUAAGGCUCAAAGUCAUACUUUGUUUUACCUUACUGUUCGCUGCUUUAUUUAAUUUCCCAAUUUCCUUUGCAUUAUUUUAACGAGUUUUUUCUCCGAUUGCGUGUGUGUGUGUUGCGGGUGAUUGAAAGCCAUUCGACGGUUGUGGGUUUGAUUACGAUGAUAAUAAUUUACUGAUUUGGUAGUCCCUGUUUUGGAGCUUACCGUAUUCGGGAUGUAUUAUUAUGAUGAUUAUACUUUAGCUACGGAGAUGUCCGCACACGUUAGCAGAUACAGAUUGUUCAUCAACCAGGUUGCUGGUGUGCGGGGAUCGCUGCACAUAGCUAUUGUCGCGUACAGUUUGAGUAGUGUUUAGCAAACGAAUGGUGAGCAUGAGCUGUGAAAUGCUAGUUUCUAAACGAGCGAUUAAAGGUGGGUAAACAGUACCGGUACGUAAGCAGCCCAUCGUGAUCUGCCAUUCGUCGAUCGGCAGGGAAGUAAAGCAAGCCGAACGUGUUCGCCUCUGCCUCAAUUCAGGUAGUGCAUCAUCAAUCUUGGUGGUUAUCUCUUCGUGCCAGCCGAAGUAAAGUGAACUGAAUCGUGGUGUGGUGGGGGAUGAUCAUUAUCUCGAUCCUACUAUUAGCUUAAAAAUCUCUUUCACAUUGAGCGCUUCACAGUUGACAGAUUAAAGUAGUUAAAAAAAUGAAAAAUUCAACUUCAAAACUCCCUCCACCGUGCACAACAUCAUUGUCUUCUUUGGCUGUAGGAUAAACACUCUUGUACCACAUUGCUCGAUUCGAUCUCUUCCCAUUUGCUUGUAAGCUGAAUUUGAAGAAAAUCGCAAGCUCAUAAGUAGUAGCAGUAGUAAUCCUACUAAAGUUGUAUGCUAAUCGUUUAACCUCUCACAGAAAGCGGCAUCCAACCAAAUGCUCCCAUUCACCAGUAAGUUAGAAAAAUGAGUUAUAAAUUGAAAGCUUUAAGUAAACCCUCCCUCUACCAGUUCUUUCUCCGUGGUCAAAAAACAAUUGGUAUUUCCCUUCCGCUAUGACUAGAAUAUUCUUUUGCUCGGCAUUAUAUGGUGUAGCAGAGAUUGGGGUGAUAAAUGUGCAUUACAGACCUGGUUGCUUUUGACAAGUGCGCUAGAUGGUAAGCUGAAAUAUGACCCCAAACAGACUGAAUGAUAUUAAGCCCGCAGUUCAGACUUUUCCACAACAUCCACCACACAAAAUCUCUUCCCCGUACUGUACCUGACCUGUAACCUGACUACAUUUAUAUAUGAACAAAGAAAAUAAUCCGCAAUGUGAUCCAAAAAA